AUGUCAAUCUUUCAGAACUCUUCGUCCCAUGGGCGCCUUGUGGGUGGACCUAGUCGACAUCAAGCACAGGACGAAGACGUAGAAGACAGCGAGGACGACGAGGUGAUUUGCGCGGAGUCCUUCGAUGAUCGGAUGGCCAUGGGUGAAGAGUACGAGGAGGUCGAUGACGAAGCGGAGCUGCAGGCCGACCGAGAUCAGCAAAUCCUUCAAGAGGCAUGUCUCCCGGUCUCUGGUGCCCCGAUGCCGCCCAGCGAGGGUCCACCCAAGGAUGCUGACGAGUACCUGCGCCAGGUGCAGUGGGAGAGACUGCACUGUCCGGAGGUCGUCGACGUCGAUGUGAAGGAGCGGAAGUCGAAGCACAAGGUCGAUGGCCCCCUCAGUGGAAAGGACGGCUCUGGAGGUCUGCUCGCGCUGUUCCAGGCACCCGAGGUGCCAGCCCGCUUCCGCCAUGCAGAGGCGUGGGCCUCCGAUGCUGCCGCUUCGUUUCGGCACCUGCGGGCGCUUUGUGAACUCGAGUGCAAGUCUGGGAAACGGGCGCAAUCGCUCUCCUAUGAGGAGUGGCGGCGACAUGUCGCAAAGGAUCGGCCAGACUCGCAGCUGCUCGCAGCCCAGGAUUUCGUUGGAAUCAACCAUCUCGUGGUGGUGGCCAUCGACAAGUUCGAGAAAGACCUAGAGUCUUUUCAGUGUGCCACGGACGAGAGCGACGCUGGCUUCCUGUCUGGUUUUCAAGGCGAAGGGGUCGAUUCAGUCAGCGAGUGGAUAUUUGCGGCGCUGGCGUUCGUGGAGGAACCCUUGGUCGACGACAUUCAGUAUCAGCUGCAGCGGUUGCGACGCGUUUGCUGCCGCUUCGCUGCGGCCGUUGAGGGCACAGCUGCGAAGGCUGAUGGCGACAUGGAGCCAGGUGCAGCUGAAGCCACCUGUGCUUUCCUCCAUCCCCGGGUGGCGCUGCUGCUGGUCCUCGUCAUCGAAGUCUUCGGACAGCAUUGA